AUGAAAAAGAUCCUUAGCAGUCAUGUCCCCAGUAAUUACCUGCCUGGUGUGCAUAUGGUGGCAGCCUCUGCUGGGGAAGUGGUUGCAUGCAUAAUAAGAGUGCCCAUGGAGAUUGUCAAGCAGAGAAGACAAGCCCAGAUUAGUGAUUCUUCUAUUAAAGUGUCCUCCUUGUGUGGAGCCAUUGCAGGUGGAUUUUCUGCAACCUUGACCACUCCUUUAGAUGUUGCCAAAACAAGAAUUAUGUUGGCUCAUCAUGACAGUACAGCAGCUAAAGGAAAUAUAAAUACUGUCCUGAGAAUUGUGUACAAACAGCAGGGAUUAUCAGGGUUGUUUGCUGGUGUUGUUCCUCGAACCCUGUGGAUAACUGUUGGUGGAGCAGUCUUCUUUGGUGUGUAUGAAAAGGCUAAUUGA